AUGUGGAGACUUCUCUGUGGCACUCGUGAUGGAUUCAGAGAAAUGUUCACUUGGAAGAAGAGCAAGACUGUGCUCACCUGUGUUUGUAAACAGAUUGCUUGUAGCAUUUACACAUCCAUAUUUUUGAUUUUCACUAUUUUGAUUAUUCAGGAGACAAGGACACUUGCAGAGAUUGCUAAGGCUGAGCUGGACGGCACAAUGCUGGGCAACAGGCCCAUCCGGAUUCGUUUUGCCACACAUGGGGCUGCACUCACAGUACGAAACCUCUCACCAGUGGUAUCCAACGAGCUGCUGGAACAGGCCUUUUCACAGUUCGGCCCAGUUGAGCGGGCAGUCGUGGUGGUUGAUGACCGAGGCCGACCCACAGGCAAGGGCAUUGUGGAGUUUGCCAAUAAGCCUGCUGCCCGAAAAGCCUUGGACCGCUGUGCAGAUGGAGCUCUUUUGCUUACAAUGUCCCCUCGUCCAGUCAUUCUUGAGCCAACAGAACAGUUUGAUGAUGAAGAUGGUCUACCAGAAAAGCUGUUGCAAAAAUCAGGACAGUAUCACAAGGAACGGGAGCAUCAGCCACGCUUUGCACAGCCAGGCACCUUUGAGUUUGAGUACUCAUCUCGCUGGAAGGCUCUGGAUGAGAUGGAGAAGCAGCAGAGGGAGCAAGUGGAACGGAACAUACAGGAGGCAAAAGAGAAAUUGGAGGCUGAAAUGGAGGCUGCCAAACAUGAGCAUCAACUCAUGAUGAUGAGACAAGAUCUCAUGAGACGUCAGGAGGAACUGCGGCGCUUGGAGGAGCUCAGGAAUCAAGAGCUGCAGAAACGCAAGCAGGUUGAGAUGAGGCAUGAGGAAGAGAGACGUAGACGUGAGGAAGAUAUGAUGCGUCAUAGAGAGCACCUUGACAUGAGACGCCAACCAGAUGGAUUCAAGCCCAGUUUCGUGGAGAAUAGAGAACAGGAUAUGAGAAUGAAUGAAAUGGGUACCCGUGGAGCCAUUAAUAUGGGAGAUUCAUUUAACCCUGUUGCUGCGGUUAGCAGUAACCAAGGCCCUUCACAAAUGAUGGGCAUAGCAGGCCGAGUUGGAGCCAUGGGAUCAUCAAAUAUGGGGACACACCUGAUUCCAGAUAACGGAUUGACGCAUAAUGAGCGGUUUUCUGAAGGAGGAGCUCUUCCGAUGGGUUCUCCCGUGGGUGGGCGGACUGGUGUUGACUCCCCUCAGCAGCAGCAGCAUUCGCCCAUGGUGGUUGGGGCAGGUCCUGUUCCAGGUGUGGUUGGCCAAAGUGGCUUUGGGAGAGGAAGUCCAGUUGGGAGCAACUUUGAUGGGCUGAAUAACAAGCGACGUAGAUACUAAUAUUUGUUUUCUCUGGAAAUUAUGCUAACAUAUGUACAGAUUACAGCACAUUGACUCAUGAUUUCUGAUAAAUGACCAAAUGACCAUUUAUGUCUAAUAUGGACAGAAAUGGCAUGGGACAGGCCCUGUGUUAAUGUGAAACACUGUCAUAAAUAAUGAAAUGCCAUUGAAUCAGCUUGUACUUGACAAAAUAUCGUAGAUUGCUUACUGCUUACUAUUAAUGUAGUCAUGUAUUUCCUGUUUUUUUUUUCCUUUUUUUUUUAAAUUAAGCUGUUUUCCUGUCAAUACGUGUUUAUGUGGAACUUGCACGUGUUUUCGUUUGUUGUGUCUGUGAUUCUGUGAAUUUUUUUUUUUUUUUAAGAAGAUUUAGAAUUUUUCUGCUUUCUUGUCAGUACUUUGAAUAAAUGUUUUAAAAUAA